GGCAUCUUGGGAACUGUUGUAGCACCAAUUGUUUGGAAGCGAGACACGUGGUUGACCCGAAAAGUAAACAAGAAGGACUUAGAGAUAUCAUGGAGCAAUUGCUCUGUUAUUUCAAGAGCUCUCAUCUGAAGACGCAUGACCGAGAAUAUGUGAGCUGCCCCGGAGCAUCAAGUUGAAGGAGUUCCAAGUCUAGCCAGGCCCGUGCGCCUAGAGCAGCGCCGAUGCUCCACCCCUGACACAUUCACCGCCCGGCAAUUGCCCCGCAUCCCACCCACUCUAAAAAUUUCUGGUGGCAUAAAAAGAUUUUCAGAGGCGACUCUGAGAUUUUCUUUUCCUCUUCUCUUGGGGGGGAACAGUUGGCUGAUUCUCAAAGGACCUGUCCUUUCUGUCUCCCCCCUCGCUCGCAUCAACAAUCUCUUGCUUCACAACCACCAGUCUAUCCCACAGAUCUCAGUCAACGCGCAGAAAUGUCGUCCGACCAAGUUCUUGACUGGCGCAAGGCCGAGGAGGUGCUCAACGAGUACAAGAGUCGCGAUGGCCUCAGUGUCCAUGAGCUCAUGGACGCCAAGGCCCAUGGCGGUCUCACCUACAACGACUUCCUUGUUCUCCCCGGCUACAUUGGCUUCCCUGCCUCUGCCGUCACUCUCGACUCCAAGAUCACCAAGAAGAUCACCCUGAAGACCCCUCUCGUGUCCUCGCCCAUGGACACCGUCACCGAGCACGAGAUGGCCAUCCACAUGGCCCUUCAGGGUGGUCUCGGUGUCAUCCACCACAACUGCUCUCCCCAGGCCCAGGCCGACUUUGUCCGCAAGGUCAAGCGCUAUGAGAACGGUUUUAUCCUCGACCCCGUUGUCAUCAGCCGUGAGACCACCGUCGGCGAGGCCAAGGCCCUCAAGGAGAAGUGGGGAUUCGGUGGUUUCCCCGUCACAGAGUCCGGCAAGCUCGGUUCCAAGCUUUUGGGUAUCGUUACCAACCGUGACAUCCAGUUCGAAGAGGACUUUGAGAAGCCCAUCUCCGAGGUCAUGGUGACCGAUCUCAUCACGGCCCACGACGGUGUUGACCUCCUCGAGGCCAACAAGAUCCUUGCUGCUUCCAAGAAGGGCAAGCUCCCAAUCGUUGAUUCCGAUGGAAACCUCGUUUCAAUGAUUUCCCGCUCCGAUUUGACUAAGAACCUUCACUUCCCCCUCGCUUCCAAGGCUGCCGACUCCAAGCAGCUCAUCUGCGCCGCCGCCAUCGGUACCCGUCCCGAGGACAAGGCCCGUCUUGCCGGCCUUGUUGAGGCUGGCCUCGACAUUGUCAUCCUGGACUCGUCUCAGGGUAACUCGAUGUACCAGAUCGAGAUGAUCAAGUGGAUCAAGAACGAGUACCCUGACCUCGAGGUCAUUGGUGGCAACGUUGUCACCCGUGAGCAGGCUGCUGCUCUCAUCGCCGCCGGUGUCGACGGUCUCCGUAUUGGUAUGGGCUCCGGCUCUGCCUGCAUCACCCAGGAGGUCAUGGCCGUCGGUCGUCCCCAGGCUACCUCCGUCUACAAUGUUGCUGCUUUCGCCGCCAGAUUCGGUGUUCCCUGCAUUGCCGACGGUGGUGUCCAGAAUGUUGGCCAUAUUGUCAAGGGCAUUGCCCUUGGUGCCUCCACCGUCAUGAUGGGCGGUCUCCUUGCUGGUACCACUGAGUCUCCCGGUACUUCCUUCGUCUCCCGCGAGGGUAAGCUCGUCAAGGCCUACCGCGGCAUGGGUUCCAUCGACGCCAUGCAGGACAAGAAGGCUGGUGGUGGUGGCAAGGACAGCCAGAAGAGCAAUGCUGGCACUGCCCGCUACUUCUCCGAGGGCGACUCCGUCCUUGUUGCUCAGGGUGUCUCUGGUGCCGUUGCCCACCGUGGCUCCGUCAGCAAGUUCGUCCCUUACCUCGCUGCCGGUCUCAAGCACUCCCUCCAGGACAUGGGCAUGACCAGCGUCGAGGAGCUCCACAAGCAGGUCGAGGCCGGCAUUGUCCGCUUCGAGAUUCGCACCCCCAGCGCUCAGCUCGAGGGCGGUGUGAACAUGGAGUCCUAUGAGAAGAAGCUCUAUGCUUAAAUGACAAAAUCUUUUAUGGAGAAAUGAUGAUACCAGGCGGACAAGAAAUUGGGAAUGGGACAGGAGGGCAGUGUUGGUUGGGAUUCAAAACGGCGUUUACGUGGGAAAGGGAAAAAAAAUGGGUGCAUUGAUCACGGACACGAUUCCUCUCGUAAUAUUGAGGAUCGGUCGAGUGGAGAGCGGGAGUGUGGUUGCUCCUUUUUUUUCUAUCCAUUAUUUUAGCGUUCUUUGCUCUCCGGAUAGUAUAUAGAGUCUAGCACCGAUUUGAUUUCAAAUAGAUCGAUAUUGAGUGUCCACUUUUGACUUUCG